ACAUUUUCUUGAAACAGGUGCAACAGUGAACAUGUUAUAACGACUUGGGCUAUUAGUGGUCAGUGUAAUUAUUUAUUGUGUUACAGAACUAGUCUUUUUGAAGAUACGUUGUGGUCAAUACUAGCUGAACAGUGCUUUGGUUCUGACAAUCCACCAUGGCUAAAACCAUCCUCAUCAUGUUAGCGCUGGCCAGUGUGACGCAAGCACAAAGGCCAGGGUACGCGGGUUCGCGGCCUUUUGGCUACCCAGUGAUCGUGACCACUACGACCGCAGCGCCUCCAGCGAGCUCUACGGGCGGUUUGGGAGACAGAUUCGGCGAAGUUCCAGUCUCCACCACUACUCAGCGCUUACCCCUCGAAGCGAACGGCGACGCUAAUCUAGUGAACCAGCUGAUGAAGUUACCAGUGGACCAGCGGCCCUUCUGGCUGCUGAACUGGCAGGCCCUGGAAGAGUACAGGCGGCAGCCGCAGACCCACCAGAUCAAGGACAACAGCUUCCUGGACUUCGGGUCUGUGGGCGCGGGCCGCCUGGGCGACCGCAGUGGCGCUGAUGACGAUUUCUUUAGACGCAUGUACUUUAGCAAAUAGGUUAAUUAAAUAUUAGUCUUUAAGUCAAUUAAAAGUAUUAAAACAGA